AGGCAUCCGAAGCAUAUCCGUGAAAGGUGCGUCAGCAGCGUUGCAAACCCACGGUUCUGUAGAUUUCGAAUCGUCAUUGUUCGUUGUACCGGCAUUGGAUCUUUGUCGUUUCGCAUCGCCGUACAGCAAACAAUGAACAUUCGGCGAACUGCUACGAUCACGAACACCCUCUUGUUCCUCGAGAAAUCGGUCCAUAUAGUCCCUGCUUGCGAUUUAAUUAUCCCGUCAUACUUCUACUUUUCAUUAGACGUUUGACAAAAUGCACAAAUACGUUGACUCCCAUUUUUAUAGUUUUAUAUGGUUAAUAUUUCAAUCGUUUAUUACUAUAGAAAAGAUACUCACGUGAUACCAGGGUGUAAAGCAUAUUUUUUCUUCUCUAAACGAGCCUUAUAUGUGAAUAUAUCGUGUCUCUCUGUCUUUUUCCAUAAAUAAUAAAACUGCACUAAUUCCCCAACGGAUCUUGUUCUCACCUAAGAGAAUUUUACUAUUAAUUUAUAUUAUAUUUGAACAGAAUUUCAGUAAUACGUUAGCCUGACUUAAAGUUUCCCGAUUUUCAUACCUUAUUCCUUUGAAUAAGAUGAAAGUCUUUUCCGUAACUUCUUAAACCAGAUUCAAAAUUAUGACAUUCUUCUUCCGACCACAAACUAACAGCAUCUGUCGACGGGAUAACAUUCAUUCUACGUCUUCGUAAUGCUUCCUCUAAAUUGUAACCACAUUGCAACAACAAAUAUAAGGCUUGUUCGUCGUCUCUAAUAUGAGAACCUGCGGGUAACGAGCCUGUUUUCAUUGCCGGCAAUUGCGCUCGUUCUAAAAACUCUUCUGUUUCCUCCUCUGGUAUAUGGCUAGGAUCCCAAAGCAUUUUAUCCUCGUUUUCAUAAGGCAAUGCAUCAUCGUAUCGACAAAGACCUUCCGGUAUUGCUGCUUGAUAAUCACUACCAACCAUGAUAGUCUUUUUCCACUCUUCUUCGUCCGGACUAUAAUCACAAUCGUCUUCUUCUUCUUCACUUUGUGGUCGUGAUACACUUCGUAAAAGUCUUGAAGUACCACCACCAAUACUAGCACUAACUAGUCCAUCUUCUCCUCCAUCAGCAGCAGCACUACCACUGUUACCUUCUCCUCCAUUGCCACCAUUACCUGUUGAACAACCACCACGUGAUGCAAUACCAGAACAGGAAGAAUUUCUACUUCCAGUUGCUUGCAUUACUCCUGUACUUCCAUUACCACUGCGAUCGUUCAUCAACGGACAUUCUUCUCCUUCUACUUCUUCAUCAUCGUCCUCUUCAUCAUCGAUUCUAUGUCUUUUAGCACAAUCAGUGGUAUUUGCACUGUUGGUUCCUUUUCCCGUAUGUCCUGACACAGAUGACUUGCAAUCUUUGCUUUUCACCAGCAUUUCGGUAUAAAAUUGUUUAAGAUCAGGUUCGUUGCUAGUUGCGUCAGCUUCGUCGUCAUCAUCGUCGUCAUCCGCGUCAUUGUCACCCUUGUCCGAAUACCGAUCCUCACCUUCUGGAUCACCGUUUCCAGUUGGGAGUAACAUUUGAUCUGAGCUGUUCGAAUUCUCAGUAGAGGGAUCUCCGUAUCCAUACAUCGCAAGUAGAUCUUUCAAAGGCAUAUCACCUUCCUGAAAGAAGAUAAAAACAUGAAUGAUUAUUACACCAACCCCAAGCUAUAGAUUAUGCAUGAAAUCUCACUACAAGAACGCACUUUGAGUCCAAAGUGUUGUAGAAACUUAUCAUAAUUGUAAUUAUUUAUUGGCUUGAUUUUUUCAUUUCACAGGCUUGAUCCUAGAAUAGUUGGGAUCAGACGUUUGUUACAAAGUAAGAGAUGUAAUCAUAAAGUAUAAAGGAAAAACUCCAAACAAUUAUACCUUUUGUAAAUUGGACAACUCGUUGUGCGAAUCCUCACUACCUUCUAAUGCUUCUUCCUCGUCUAGUGUUCGUUCAUCAUCAAAAUCAUUUACCAUCAUCUCCGUAGCAGGACCCAUGUCAAAAUCUCUAUCUGCCCUAUAAAAUGACAAAUUCUUUUAAAAUUAACAUAAAUAUCAUUAAUGAAAUAUCUUUAAUGAAUAAUGUAUUUUUAAUACAAUUAAUUGAUUAUAUAAAAUUUUAUUGAUAUACUUACAUGUUUUGAAUAUUUAUGUUAGCGAAGACAGGAUCACACCAUAAACGUAAGAAAGUAGGUAUACACAAAGAUCGUUGGAUCUCAUGACCAUUAACAUAUAAACGAUUUACCUUCAUAAACUUGACAUAAUGCACGUGCUUAGCACAGAGUUUAAUACUACACUAUCAUUCUCACAUCUAUUGUCUAACACAAUAGUCAACGGUACUAUACACAAUCUAUAUAUAUUUAGAACAACGCGAACCUAACCUCCAAUUACCCUAAUAUUUUCAAUCUAUUCUUGUUCAUGUUGUUGUAAUUCCUUAGAGGCAAACAAUGAUAAUAACAAAGUAACACUCAACAUUGUUUAUCUUUUAUACGUCAUUUUUCGUCAAAUUUCACUCUAUCACUAAAUUUUUCGAAUUUAUAUACGACUCAUCCAAGUGUAACAAAUGUCAGUCAACAAAGUAUUAAUUAACCCGAUAUAUUCUACAAAUUUUUAAUACACAAUUGCACACAAUAUAAUAUAAUGAUCAAAAGGAUUUAUAGAAACAGCCUAACAAAAAAAUACAUAUAUGAAAAAGUUUAAAGAUGCACACCCCAUUAUUUAUAUCUACGCAUAUAAUAUGGUGGCGCGUACCGCGAUAUCAUAAUAUAGUACAAUAUAAGAGUAAUCUUCAGCGAGCGGGAAAAUCGUGAAUAUAUUUUACGAUGACCAACGAAAAAUUAUGAUCUUUGUACUUUUAUUGUAAAAGUAGUCGCGUCACCAUUUCGACUUUAAUUUCAUUAGUCGAAUGCCACGUGAAACAUGUUUCGUCUAUCCACAAUAUAUAACAAAACACUGGUUAAUCGUGAAGGAACACGAUUUUCAUUACAUAUUGCAAGGAACACUUUAACAUCAAAUACAUCAGAUGACUAUCAAUACAUACAAAUAAGUAAAGUUCCUUCUAUGCAUUUUCAACCAUCUUUACCUCGUUUACCAAUUCCUAAACUUGAAAGUUCAUGUCAAAAGUAUUUAAUAGCACAGCAACCUCUAAUAACACAACAAAAAUUAUGUGAUAUUGAAUCUUUGAUUAAGAAUUUUCUUAAGGAAGAUGGACCUAAAUUACAAAAGGAACUUAUUCAAAAGGAUGCUAAAAAUCGUCACACAAGUUAUAUAAAUGAACCUUGGUUUGAUAUGUAUUUGAAAGAUCGUAAGCCCUUACCUAUUAAUUACAACCCUUUAUUAAUAUUUAAACUUGAAACUGAUGCACGGUACAAUGAUCAGUUGGUAAAAUCCACUAAUCUUGUUAUAUCUUCAUUAAGAUUUAUGAAAUCUUUAAGAAGUGAAAUUUUAGAACCAGAAGUAUACCAUUUAAAUCCUACAAAAUCAGAUACUAAACUCUUUAGGAAAGUCACAGGAUUACUUCCAUCUAGUAUAAGUUGGUAUGGUGCUUAUCUGUUUAAGGCUUUUCCAUUGGAUAUGUCACAAUAUCCCUAUCUCUUCAAUACAAGUAGAAUACCGCAACUAGGAAAAGAUAAAAUUUAUCAUGAUGCCACAGGACGCCACAUAAUUGUGAUGUGUAAAGGUCAUUUCUAUACACUUGAUGUUUUGGAUGAGAAUAACUAUAUUCGACAACCUAGUGAAAUAGCUGCGUCUUUAAAAUCAAUUUUGGAAGAUAACAGACGAUUCAAUGAAUAUCCUAUUUCCAUUUUAACAACAUUAGAACGCAAUAAAUGGGCAUCUGUAAGAUUACAUUUAAUGAAUAUAGGAAAUGAAAAUAUUUUACAAAAAAUAGAUUCAGCUAUAUUUAUUUUGAUAUUGGAUGAUAAUCAUAUUGGUGAAGAUCCCAACAAAUUACAAAAGUCAUACCUUCAUGGUGAUGGAACAAAUCGUUGGUUUGAUAAAUCUUUUUCUUUAAUUGUUACAAAAGAUGGAUAUGCUGGUUUGAAUUUUGAACAUUCUUGGGGAGAUGGAGUAGCAGUUCUUAGAUUUUUCAAUGAUAUAAAAGCAGAUAUGUCAAAAAAACCAAGAUUUCAUCCUGAAGAUGUAAAAGAUCUCUCUAGUAGGCAUGCCUUAAAAGUUGAAAAACUGGAAUUUGUACUAGAUUCAAAGAUUAAAGACAUUAUUAAUGAAGAACAAAAAAAUUAUGAUAAGUGGACAAAACAAUUACUUGUUGAUCAUAUCAUAUAUGAAGGAUUUGGAAAAAAUGAAUGUAAAAAAAUAGGAAUUAGUCCAGAUGCAAUAAUGCAGUUGGCGUUUCAAUUAGCAUUAUAUGAACAGGAAGGUCAAAUGGUACCGACCUAUGAAUCUUGCAGUACUGCAGCUUUCAAACGUGGACGCACUGAAACUAUUAGAUCAUGUACAUUGCAAACUAAAGCUGCUUGUAUAGCUUUGACAGAGAAGAAAUUGGAUAUUUCUACAGCAGAACUGAAAAAAUUGAUUUUUGAUUGCAGUAAUAUACAUGGUAUACUUAUAAAAGAAGCUGCCAUGGGACAGGCAUUUGAUAGACACUUAUUUGCCUUAAAAUGCAUAUGUGACGAAUUAGGCAUACGUAAGCCUGCUAUAUUUGAAGAUCCAUCAUAUGAUACUUUAAACCAUAAUGUAUUGUCUACAUCUACUUUAGCAAGUCCUGCAUUACUUUCCGGCGGUUUUGGACCUGUUGUAAAUGAUGGAUAUGGAAUUGGGUACUGUGUACAAGAUCAUAAGCUGGAAACUAUGGUUAGUAGUUAUCAAGGUAAUCGUAAUGCCAAUAAUUAUGUGAAAAGCUUAAAGAAAGCAUUAAAAACAAUUCACACAAUAUUAAUAAGUAAAUAAUCUGAAAUUCUAAGACAUAUGCAAAUGUUAUAUGUAAAUUAUAAAUAUUAGUGCCUACUUAAAUGUUGUUUAUAAGGUAUAUUAUACACAAAUAACAUCACUAUUUUAUAUAUUUUACAUUUAACAUAUUUGUUAUAUUGUUAUUUAUACAAUCAUUCAUAUUUUUAUACAGUGUUGAAUAAAUAUUUUUUAUUCUCUC